AUGAAAUCAUCAAGAAUUCUUGCAUUAUUUGCAUUCGUAAGCAUAUCAGCGGUAAAAACUCAUGCAUGGGGUGCUCAAGGGCACAUUACCGUAGGUAAUAUUGCCCAAAAGAUACUCAAGCCCGACGUGGCAUUAAAAGUAAAGCAAAUUUUCCAAGAAAAAAAAUAUAAUGGACAACUUGGUCCUGCUUCGACUUGGGCUGAUGAAGUUAAGCGUGGUAAAAACGAAUUUGCUGGAUGGAGUGCGCCGUUGCAUUAUAUGGAUACGCAUGAUGACCCAGGGAAUAGUUGCUCGGUUGAUAAGAAAAAAGAUUGUCCGGAUGGUCAAUGUAUUGUUGGUGCCAUUGCGAAUUACACCGAACAGCUUGAUUGCGGGAAUGGCGGCAGUGUUAAAACUCGGGAUGUUGCACUUCGAUUCUUGGCUCACUUCUUUGGCGACAUAACUCAACCACUUCAUGUCUGUGGUCGUGAACUUGGAGGAAAUCAACAUAAAAUUAUGUUCGAUGGAAAGCAGAGCAAUCUCCAUUCAAUAUGGGAUACAGGGAUGGUGGUCAAACGUCUCAAAGACUUUGGAAAUGACGAAAAUAAAUACGCCGAAUUUCUCACAAACGAAAUCCAAAAAGGAUCGUACGCAAAAAACGUGUCAGAUUGGAUCGCAUGUGAGUCUUCAAAAAGACGUAGAGAUUUUUUCGAUAAUGCCUUCUUCCAAAAACGAGCAGAAGCCGAGAGUCUAAGAUGUCCUUUUGUCUGGGCGACUGAUACCAACAGUGUUAAUUGUGAAGUCGUUUGGCAGUAUGUGGAUGAUAAUCCUGACGUUGACCUAUCAGAAGAAUAUUAUAGCGCAGUUCAACCGAUUAUUGAUAUACAAAUUGCUAAGGGCGGGUAUAGACUGGGUGUAUUUUUGAACAAUCUUUUGGAUGAUAAAAAAUGCUCCAAGAAUAAUGCUGGGGAAAAAGGAGAAUAA